GCGCCGUUUCGUGUCGGGACGCGUUUGUGACGUUGUUAUGUCUGACUUCCUCAAUGUGUUAUUUAGCGGUAGAAUACAUUUCUCUCAGUAUUUUUCGACAAUUUAAGUGUUAAAAUAUGGUCACAGCGAAACUGUCACUCCAGAUAUGAGGAGAACCUUCAUUAGCUGCAAGGAAACGCACUUCCUUUCACCAAGUUUAAUGGUUGAAUAGCAGCAGCUCAGGUUCAAACAUAAUCAGCUUAAUGUUAUCCUGCUUUUAUCUUCCCUAAAAUUUAUUUUAAGAAUUAAUUUCAUUGCAAAAAAAAAGAGGAAGAUGUAACAUUUCUAAGAAGAGAUGCAUUCAAUUCAGCUCAAUUUAAAAAAAUACUUGAAGGGAAAUUAAAGGAACUGAAGUAUUUAAUUCAACUCAUUUCAAAACUGCCGUUAUUUAAAGUGAAAUUAAAGGAAAGGAUCUCUGGUAGCAGACAGAAAAAGAGAAGGUGGACAGCAUUCUCAAGCGAAGAACCCUUACCGUCUCCUGCAGAGAAGAGCAACGUGUUCUUUCCGUCUGAGCAGUCAGUUCACUUACAUCUGAACAGAAUAAAAAGGCCUUGAGCCGAGGUGAAGAGGAUCCACAGAGCUGCUGUGUGUUUGAGGAAAUCACCCCAAAGAUCUCCAAAGACUGCAGCUCUAACUUGGAACUCUUCCAGCACCAGAACCCCGGAGCCGAGCUAAAGGCUCAUCAGACCUGCAGGGACGCAGGCCUUCAUCAUCCAUCAUCAGGCCGGUACUGAGGUUCAAAGUCUCUUUCUAGUGUUCUCAGUUUCAGGAGUUAGGGAAAGGUGUGUUAGAUUCAAGUUUGAUUUCCUUUGAUUGCUGCUGCUGGAUUGAGCUGUUACUGAGCAUUAAAAAAGCGUGUAGCAUGUUUGAGAAGUUGUGAACAUUCAGCUAAUGUGUCGGUCUGAUGUUCUUCGAUGUCACUGCAGUGGUCAGCUACCUAAAAGCCAUUUUCUUGUGUUUCUUGUGGAUUUUUAUGUUAUAAAUGCACACAGACCACUGAAGUGGACAUGAGUGCGUCAUACAACACACUGCUACUACUGGGCAUCCAGUGCAAGUGCAAGAAAAUUUUUGUUAAAUCCAAUAUGGCAGACAGACGAAAAAGCAACACAGGAAUAUCCCGUUUUUACUGCAGAGGACUCUUGCAGAUUGGAGAACAUGUGGUGGUGCCGACCGCUGGUCCUCUUGCCUCCCAUCCUCUCCACGUUUACUGCUGCUGGACUUUGGGUUGUGUACUUCAUAGCUCGCCACAACGGGAAAGUGCUGCCUCUGACCUCAGCAUACAGAAAGGGAAAUGGAUCUGCAUAUCCUCCCUACAUAAGCUUCACAGGGAAUUUCCCCCCAGCCAGCUGCUACUUCAGUGAGAUCUUGAACCUGACAGCGUUCGCAGCAUUUGUCGUGGGCAUCCUCAGGUACUUUCAGGUGAAGACCAAACUAGACAAGCGGUGGCUGAACAUUUUCAGUCUGGUGUGUUUCUCCGUCGCCUGUUUUGGGAUGACGAUUGUGGGAAACUUCCAGCUCCUUGAGAUGUGGGUGAUUCAUAACGGGGGCACGUUGCUGGCGUUUGGACUGGGCAACUUGUACUGCUGGCUUCAGUCUUACAUCACCUGGAAAGUUAACCUGAACAACCAGGGGAAGGUCUUUGCUAUCGGCCGUGUGGUGCUGUCUGCAGCCAUCACCUUCUGCAUUAUACUGCAGCGUGUCCUGGUUGUUAUCCCCCACAUGCACACGGUUCGCUGCCAGUGGGCCGUGGUCAUGCUCUUCCUCAUAUACAUCAGCACUUUUGCCAUCGACUUUCGUCACUGCCGCUUUGAGGUGGUGUGCAGAGACACGGUGGAGCGUAAAGAUUGCCGUGAAGAUCCUGAUGGCUAUCCCGAUGGCAAAGAGCUGGAGCCAGAGCUAUAGGAGUGCCACAAGGUCUUGUGUUUGAACACCUGCAGAUGGUGAACAUAUCUCACUAUUCAAGUUGGUUGCAAUGUCAUGUUACAAUGUUAUGCUUUGUUUUAAUGUUUCACACACACACAUGAUAUAUUGAGAUGUUUUAAUAAGAUACUUGAUACAGCUUCAUGUCUACAUCGAAGAAAGUUUGGUUAUUUUUUCUAACUGGUGCUGAUCACCGCUAAGCUGUGUGUGACACCACGAUCCUGCAAUGAUGGAAGGCAGACAGGCUGGCUUGUAUAAAUCAGAUUGAAUCAAUGCAACAGCUGAAUCACAGUGUGGGAAAAUAAAUUAAAUAAGUCAGGAACUGAGCCUGGAUUUUAUUAAAUGUAUCACAGAAUAGAGAUACCAAACCAUUUGGUGGUUUGGUAUCAUUGAAACGGGGAGACACGGGGUUAAAGAACAAUGUGUGAGCUCUAAAAUUUUUUAUUGGAUUAUAAUGUGUGAAACUGUGGACAAGUAGACAGAGGAAAAGUAGAACUCAUUAGGCAAUGAGGUUCUGGACUGAAUCCUUUGAAAAUGUUGACCUCCUUGUUAUAGGAAGUCAACAUGUGACUGGAUUAGCUUUGGUAAAAAUAUCACACCACCAAACUGGAAGGGAUGCCAAACAAAAGGAUUAUUUUCAAUUUUUAAAGCUGGAAAGUGUUCUGUUAAUAAGUUGAGAUUUUCAUGACAGAAACAAUGUGUACCUUUAUUUUCAAUUAAAAGAAUGUAUGUUACUACUACAGUGUUGUACUUUAUUUCUAUUCUCUUUUGUUCUGCAUUUGUCAUAUUGGUGAAAGGUUCAUUCAAUUCAGCAGGGAAAUAUUUCAGAUGUUUAUUUCAAUCAUUCUGGCUUACAGCUACGAAAAACUAAAAAUCUGUUUUACUAAUUCUGAGUGUUAAAUACAUAAGACGAAUAAAAAAAUAAGUAACCGACACCUUCCACGUUGAGGAGAAAACCACAAAAAGUUAUUAAAGCUGGAUGUUCCAUUGAUGUAUCCAAGCAUAUUAGAUAGGGUAGAAAGUUGAGUGGAAGGAAAAAGUGUCCGAGUGAAAUAAGAUGGAAUCUUUUAUUCUUUAUUGUACAUCUGUGUCUCUGUUUAAACCUGGUUCAUACAAAAUUUUAUGUAUCCCCUACUUAUAACAAUGACACUGAGUAGCUGUUAGCUAAAAGCUCAUUCCGCUAACAGCUAAUUAGUUGCUCUUAGCAACUUCGCCGAAACUGUCGACGAAGAUGCCGACAGUUUCCUGCUAGUAAAAGUUUAGAUAUUCAAUCAUAGCAUACCCAGAGUCUUGUCAAAUAAACAAAAUAAAUGGUUUUCAUAGUUUCAUUUUAAAACUGUUCAAACUAAAGAGACGCAGGCGUCUUGUGUGAGAGAAAAGGUGUUUAUUUCUGGAUUAGUACCGACUCCGUUUACACAUUUGAUCGUCACUCCAGCAUCGUUUCGCUCCUCCGUUACAGACGACACACACAUGGCACACGUUAAGACAGACACUGUCCGCCUGAGGCGGGGUUGAGUUAAGACUUUCACUCCGCCGCGGCGGAGCGCUUCUACACUCUAAAACACGACUACAGGUCCCGACUGAAGCGCGUCUCGUAGUCGCACAGGCAGACGACGUUUUACAAAAUGGGAACGGUUACAUCACGCUCGUACACAAACAGCUGGAAAGUGGCAGUCAGACACACGGUUCAAACGUCAAGUAGUAACCUCACAGUUUCUGCGAUUGUACAGCACCUAUCCACAGUCUCACCGUCCCAUUCGGGUUGCCAUGACACCGACCUCCCGCUUCAGGUCGUUACAUCACUCUGUACAAAUGAAGGCGGCAUUCCUGCCGUGAUUUCAGGGAUACAAAACGCCAAGCAAACAGUCUUCAGCUUUUCCACAUUUUGUCAAACUUCUAUGUAUUGUAUGGAAUAGACCAACAAAAAAAAGGUGCAAAUAAUAGUAAAGUGGAAUUAUUUUGCAGCACCUUUUACAUAAAUUUGUGAUUUUUUUAAAGCUUUAUUUUCAAUUUUUUACAUGGUCUUGUAAAAAAUGUUAAUGUUGCACAUAACCUUCCCUUUCCUCUGAUUUUCUCAAGUUGUAAUCUUUCCUUUCUCAGAAAAAACCGACUUCUGUAGAGAAACGAAAAAGGAAUGACUGACGAGCAACAAGUUUAAUAUGACAGAAUUGUAAGGGUUAACUCGUCUUAGCUUAAGGUGGAGAGUUGCAGCGGUCGGUCAGAAAAAGAUGAAACUUAAAAUGAAGCAAUUGGUUCGAUUUGCAGACAAGUUGCAACGAUUGGUGAAAAUUGCAAGAACGACGACUGAGUUUGCAUUCAUAGUAUCUCCCUGUAGAGACGGAGAAAUCCAGACGUUCUGUGAAAGUGUCACAGGUUCGUUAGAGAACAAACAGGAUGUUUAAAGAUGUUAUAGAUGUUUAAAGGUCUGUUGGGCCUUCACUUUAAAAAAAAAAAAAAAAAAUUUAAAGAGCAA